GAAAAGAUACAACUAAAACAUUAAGAUUGAAAUUAAAUUUUAAUUUGUGAAGAGAGAAGAUGAGAGUAGAGUAGGUGCUUCUACUCCUGUAGCUUGAGACACCAAAUCACUAUAAAUCCAUUAAAUCAACUCCUAAUGUAUCAUAUUCAUAUUGUGAUGCCUCGACUGGCGACCAAUGCUAUCUUUGUAGUACCCUUAGCUUUAGCACUUGUACUUUGCUUCCCUCCGGCCACCUUCGCCGGAGUUCUCUACCCACAAUUCUAUGACUUCUCAUGCCCACAAGCCAAAGAUAUCGUUAACUCGGUUGUUUCAAAGGCGGUUGCAAAAGAUGCUCGUAUGGCCGCCUCUUUACUUCGUCUGCAUUUUCAUGAUUGCUUUGUUAAGGGUUGUGAUGGAUCAAUACUAUUAGAUAGCAGUGGAACAAUAAGCAGUGAGAAGAGAUCGGUCCCUAAUCGUGAUUCGAUUAGAGGAUUCGAAGUCGUUGACGAGAUUAAAUCUGCCCUUGAGAAAGCGUGCCCACAGACUGUUUCUUGCGCUGAUAUCUUGGCUUUGGCCGCUAGGGAUUCGACUGUUUUGACGGGUGGGCCAAGUUGGGAUGUCCCAUUGGGAAGAAGGGACUCACUAGGUGCAAGCUUGAGCGGCUCGAACCAGAACAUACCAGCCCCAAACAACACCUUCCAAACAAUCCUCACCAAAUUCAAGCUCAAGGGUCUCCACAUUAUCGAUUUCGUAGCACUUUCAGGAAGUCACACAAUCGGAAACGCUAGGUGCACCAGCUUCCGGCAAAGACUGUACAACAACUCCGGCAACGGGCAACCGGAUUUCUCGUUAGAACAAUCGUAUGCUGCCCGACUUCGUGUAAACUGCCCGAGAUCCGGUGGUGAUCAGAACUUGUUCGCCAUGGAUCCUGAAUCGCCGAGAAAGUUUGAUAAUGGGUAUUAUAAGAAUUUGAUUGGUUUGAAAGGGUUGUUGAGCUCAGAUGAGAUGCUGUAUACGCAGAAUCAAGAGACGAUGGAGUUGGUGAGACGUUAUGCGGCGACUCAAGAUGAGUUUUUUGAUCAGUUUGCGAAGUCGAUGAUUAAGAUGGGGGAUAUAGCUCCAUUGACGGGUAACCAUGGAGAGAUUAGAAGGAAUUGUAGGAGGAUUAAUGGUUGAUUGAAUGAUUGAAUCGUGAUUUGUGUGUUUGUAAUUUGUAAAUGUGUUCGAUUUUUUUUUUUUUUUGUUUUUUGUUUUUUUUUGAAGUGGAUUGAAGAUUUGAUUGUGUUUGUAUAUUGUAACACCAUGAUUUCCGAUGACCUCUAGAACUUUGAUUUGCUGGAGGAUCACCAUUCACCAACAAUAUGAAGUGCAUAUAUACAAAUGACCAUUUCUGCAAAUU